AGCUUAUUGACUCAAUGCUUGUAGAUGUGCCUCCGAUUUCCCUCCCAAGGAGCCCGCAAUGGAUCCGUACAAAGUUCUCGGAAUUCCACAGAGCCAGGUGAAGCACCCUAGCGACCUGGACAAGGUUCGCCAAAGAGCCAAGAAGCUGUACAAAAGAUAUGCUGGCGAGCAGAACAAGUUCCAGAUGAAGAAGGUCAUGGAGGCCUUUGACAUGGUGAAGGGCAACAUGAAGAAGAUCGGUGAAGGAGCUUACAAGCUCCUAGGCAGAGGUCGAAAAGAGCGAGAGCUGGAUAGACACUUCAACCACCAGACCAAGGAGAUCAAGAAGGAUAGACGAGUAAAGAAAACGCUGAAGCAGGCGCGCAGGGGCGAGAAGCGGUUCCACCUGCCGGGGGACAAGGAACGGAUCCCCACCUUCAGGCGUAAGAGGAAGCGGCGGCGGCACAUGAAGAUCAAGAAGCCCAACGUGGAUGUCCUGCAAGGCCUGCAGCGCUUGGCUGCCGUGCUGCCACAAAGGACGAAGUUCCCGAAGGUGGUGAAGCUGCUUUACAGAUGGGUCAAGGAGUACAUGAACAUCGACAACCGCGAGUACAUCUUUAGAACACUGAACGACCUCACGAGACUCCCAUUUUUGGCCGAGGACAAAGAAGGCCGGCAAGAUGUGAUUUGCGUUUUUGAGUACGUUCUGUCGUACAACACUCAGUGGUUCGAUCAGGACGACAAGCAUCGCAUGCUGGGCCGCGCCUGGCAGAUGGCGACGGUGCUUUGGUGCCAGUGUUUCACAGAUGACGCGUUCACGUUGUCAAGUACAAUAUCCAAGCUGACGCAGGCGUUUGCGCUGAUUGAGAAGCACAAGCCUGAUGUCGAUGCAUACCUGGAGGAGAAGCAAAGGAGAGCAGCCAAGCACGAGGCAAAGCUUGAGGCCAAGCUCGAAGCGAAAGAGGAGAAGCUGGAGGCAAAACUGGAGGCCAAGGAAGAAGCCGUCAAGGAAAACGGCAAGAAGAUGAAGCUAGCGGAGCCAGUGGAACCUGCAGCGCCAAAUGGCCACGUGGAUGCCAAGCAGGAGGCUCUCAGCGAUGGAGAGGACUUCUUUGGCGGAGGCUGUGAGGACGACGACGACGACGACGACGACGACGAGAUGUCGGAGGAGGAGGAAGGCAGCGAUGAUGAGAUCCUUUCCGAGGAGGGCAAGAAGAAGUCCAAGGCCAAGUGCAUUGACCUGGACAGCGAUGCCGAAGUUGGAGGCGAGAUUAGCUCUGAGGAGGAGGAGUCGGUGGAAUCGGUGGAUGUAGAGAGCAGCAGUGAGGCCGAGGAACUGGAGAGCUUCGUGUUCCCGGUGCCCAAUGCGGAGGAGAGCAUCAUGACCCUCAGAAAGGACUUUGUGCAGCGCUGCCUUUUCGCUCUCUUCCAGAACAGAGGUCCGCUUUGGGCUCGCACAAAGGUGGACACCUUCUUUCAGGAGGUGUUCUACCGUCGGGCCUGCUUGGACAAGGACCAGCAAACUCAGGUUGAGGCGUGGCAGGCCCGCAUCAAGGUGCUGCAGAAGGAGAGCGAGCACAAGGUCGGCGAGGCCAACAACAUCCUGGAGUCUGGAAGGCCUGUGGUGGAUAGUCGCGAGAUGAGGACCAACUUCGACGCGGAUUCCAACUCCUGGGCGUCCAAGCAGACCUUCGACUCCCGGGAGAAGUCUGGGGCUCGACACGUCAUCAGAUGAAGCUCUGCAGCUGAGGAUCUGGGCCGGAAUUCCUUCAGCCAAGACUCUCACGCUCAGGGCACAGAACGAAAAAGACCCAGUGCCCCCUA